AUGCGGAUAGUAGCCUCCACCAAGGGAGCGAGCGGUCAUUACAACAGUUUGGCAGACAUCACAAGACCAGCAUGUAAAUGGCUAGAAUGGAUCAAGCCAUUUGUCAAUGACCUUUCUGAACACGCUGGAUACAACCCAAAGGACAUCUGUUCUUAUAUAAUGCCGGGACCAUAUCAACGUACACCGACGGUUACAGAGUACUGUAGAAUAAAUGGGAACUCUCGUAGUUGUCUCAACUGUAAUUUCACUAUGCGCCAGCUACCAAAUCAAGAUUGGCUCUUCAACGUUACAUUGCGCAACUACAUGUAUUUGAAAGAUACAACUAAUUUGCGUCUGAUAGCAUCCAUGAAAGGAGCGAAUGGCCAGUACAACAGUUUAGCAGAAAUCACGAGACCAACAUGUCAAUUACUGGAAUGGAUCAAGCCAUUAAUCAAUGACCUGGCCACUCACGCUGGCUACAACCCAAAGGACAUCUGCCUUGCUGCAGUUCCGGGCUUGUAUAAGAUCACCAAUUUUCACGCGAAAUCAAACGAAUACUUCAAAAUACCAGAAAUUCCUAUAGCUCCUUAUGGCUCGUACAGAUUGGAGCUCCAGUUGGCAGAAAAAGAUAAUCCAAACUGCCAUUGUAUGCGAUUCUUCAUGAAUAUAAUUCCAGAUGCUGAAACUGCUCUGAGAAAACAAAGGAAGAAUAGCACGGAGCUAAAAUGA